AUGUCUAUCUGCCAGAACCUGAUGUCGCUAGAUCUAGUGGUACCACCUCAGAGGACAGUUCCUCUGAAAAGGGAACGUCCGGAGUUCUCUCAUUUCAGUUUGAAUGGGACUACCGCAAGCUGCCUUCCGCCACUCAAAGAGCUUCGACUGAAUGUGAAUCCAAGACGUAUUAUGGUACAAGAAGAUGAAUGUCUAAACUUGUUGGCAGGAUUCCAAUGGUCAAGCAUUGAAAAGUUGGACAUCUCUAGCGAUCGUCUGACUGAGACUCUAUUGCCUCGGUUUGGUGCCGAAAUGGUCAAGCUACAAUCUCUCUCGAUCAUCGUCCUUUACUUGAAACGGAACGGUCUGUGGGCUGCCUCUGAACAGUCCCUGCUGGCGGUGUCCGAUUUGCUCGCUAAGAGGUCAUUUGUGGAGCUUGAGCUUGACGGCUUCAAUAAGACUUUGCCCAUAAGGCAUGUUGCGUCUGUGCAUUUGAGAAAGCUAAGACUUCAUAUGAUAGAGCUGGAUCAUACCAUCGCUCGAGCCAAUUUAAGAUCUGCUGCGGAGAUUCAAGAGCUGGCAGAACUGGCGCCGAACCUGGAACAUUUGAUGCUCGAUGUUGCACAUGUGGGAAAGCUGUGGCAUCCAAGCGCCAUUCCCGGCGUCGAUGUUGAUGUGCAUUUGUACCAGGUAUUGGGCGCAUUCUCGAAGUUCCGGCACCUCAAGACGCUUCGUCUCUUUCCCCGGUAUUACUGUGCAGAUGAGAACGGACAAGGUUUGUGGCAACAGGCAAUUGAUGAUGAUGGGCAGGCCGUGCGCAUCUUCAAGUAUCUUAAGAGCAUUUCGCCAUCCCUUGAACUGCUGGUUCUAUCCAGCGAUCAUCUUGUUGCUCAGUUCGCAGAUAUCGACCCGAUGAGCUGGACGGUCUGCCAAUUUGGGGACUGCAUUCUGUUAAGGUUGCAACAAGCAAAUAAGAACUAUGAGCAGAAACAGAUCUGGCAGGGACAACGGAGGCUGCGGACAGAGAUCAAGAGGUAUUCCCAUUCGAAGCUACGCUGGACGUCAUGA